AUGGGCUGCGUUCAAUCUAGUGGUGUUCACGACGAAGCAAAGGCUCGCAACGAUGAGAUUGAGAGCCAACUCAAGCGGGACCGUCUCAUGGCCAAAAAUGAGAUCAAAAUGCUCCUUCUCGGUGCUGGUGAAUCUGGAAAGUCGACCGUGCUCAAGCAAAUGAAGCUCAUCCAUCACGGUGGAUAUAGCGAACAGGAGAGAGAUUCCUACAAGGAAAUCAUCUUCUCCAAUACCGUCCAGAGCAUGAGGGCCAUCUUGGAUGCCCUUCCAGCCUUGGACCUUGCCGUUGCGCCCCAGAAUUCGACGCGGGUCACCAUUAUUCUCAGCCUUCCCGUUCAGCUCGAGGCGGAUGCGCUGCCACGAGAUGUCGCCGACGCCAUCUAUGGUCUCUGGCACGACCCCGCAAUUAGAGAAGCUGUCCGCCGUGCCAGAGAGUUCCAACUCAACGACUCUGCCACCUACUACUUCAAUUCAAUCGAACGCAUGUCCAACCCGAAUUACCUGCCAACUGACCAGGACAUUCUCCGAUCGCGUGUCAAGACGACGGGCAUCACAGAGACCAUGUUCCGAGUUGGAGAGCUCACAUACCGCUUAUUCGAUGUCGGCGGUCAACGCAGCGAGCGCAAGAAGUGGAUUCACUGCUUCGAAAACGUAACCGCGCUCGUCUUCCUCGUGGCCCUUUCCGAAUACGAUCAGAUGCUUUAUGAGGAUGAGAGCGUGAACCGAAUGCAAGAGGCUCUCACACUCUUUGAUUCAAUCUGUAACUCUCGCUGGUUCGUUAAGACCUCGAUCAUUCUGUUCCUAAACAAGAUCGACUUGUUCGCGGAGAAACUUCAAUAUUCGCCACUCAACCACUACUUCCCAGACUACAGAGGAAACUCAUACGACGAGGCUUGUGACUUUUUGCUCCACAAGUUUGUGUCCCUUAACCAAUCCGCGGCGUCGAAGCAGAUCUACGCCCACUACACAUGCGCGACUGACACUCAGCAGAUCAAAUUCGUCUUGAGCGCCAUUCAAGACAUUUUGCUUCAGCUCCACUUGCGCGAGUGUGGUCUGCUGUAA